UUUUUCCUUCCUUUUUAUAAAGUAAUUUAUUAGUACUUAAUCUAGUGUCAAACUAAUACACCGAUCAAAAUACAUUGAGGCUCAUUCAACAGUUGAAUUAAGUUCUUAAAAAUUAGAAAAAAGAAAACCCUAUUAUGUUGAGAAAAUAGUACAAGCAAAUUGAAAAGUUUAAACAAAUUUAAAUAUUCUUUCUUUCGGCCAGGAACUGAAUACAUUGUUAUUAGUGUUAAUCUGUAAACUUGUUUUAAAGUGCUUUUAUUCCCGAUUCCCCUAAGCAGACCCGUUGAGCAUAUUCAUGGCUGCAUUGCUCUCCUGUGUAACUGAGCGUGGUCGUCUCGGUGCUCUCUGCCUCGUGCUGCCGAGUGGCUGAAAAAACAUCCCCUGAAAAACCAAUUAGAGAGAAGUUAGUAAUCCUCCACUGAGGAGAACAGACGCUGGUCCACCGGCUUGUGCAAAAUGAGACUGAACAUCCGGUGUGAUGAAGUCGGUCAACGUAAACCAAUCAAUCAAUAGCAUGAACAAGGAUAUUUACAAACCUUCCAUGUGUGAACAACGUCUCUCACAGGAAAAAUAUGACACCUUUUUUUUUUUAACCUUCUCAAGAUUUACAGAUUGUUCUGUGACUCUUCAUCUUCGUAGCCUGUUCCUGUUUUCAUUUAUUUAUUAUUAUACCGUGAGCACAUCAUAAAGGAACAUCCUCUUAAUUGACACUUAAUUUUUUAUAGAGACUUUAAAGCUAGAGUUGAAUUAUAACCUGAAAACAUAGUUGAUUCAGAUUUAGAAAUAUGCUGUCUUCCAUUUAUUGUGAAGAAUAAUCAAUUUUCUGUGUCUUUUAAUAUCUAGAUGGGUCCAGAUCUAGAUUGGUCCAGAUCUAUCGGUCCAGGUCGCUCUGUUAGGUAACUGGAUUAAGGAGCAGCUCUGUUGAGCCGGUUUACUUUCACUUUGGUUUCCGAGCGGACUCGAUGGCAUAAUAAUGGAUGUGCAACGUUUGAUAAAAGUAUGAAGUUAAAGUAAGAGCCGACUCCAUUGCAACAUAAACAAUAACUGCAUGUUCAAUUCAUAUCCGCUGCAUGAAUGUAUUCCACGUAUAGGUCAUGAUGUUCAAAAGUAUUUUAUCAGGAGAGAAAAAAAUGCAAAAACUUUUCCAGCUCCUCAAAUGUGCUUUUCUCGGUUUCACACUAAUGUUCAUUGUAUAGAAAACAACCUCAGCACGAGUCCGUUCAGUAGCUAUUCUGGAGCUUUUGAUCAUGUCGGAUGAUCUUCAUCAGCAGCUGUCACUAAUGUUUUGGGAUUUUGAGUUGUUUGUUGGUGAAAACAGGCACGUGGAUGACUUGCAAGGAGCAUUUUUCACAGUUCUAUGACUUCAAUCAGCAAAUUGAAAAUCAUGAAUACAUUUGAACAAGUUAAAAUACAUAUAAUCCUCAGGAGGCUUCUCAUUCUUCUUUUCACCCUGGAAAAUGCACCGUGGAAAGCAACACAGACUGGAAACACACUAUUGUAUUGAUAAUAUAAUAUAAUAUAAUCUCUCCACAACCAGCGCAUCCCGGCAGAGAGCGGUGUCUGAGGUCGGACAUGGAUUCACACGGGCCUUCGCUCAACCGCAGCCAAUCGCUGGCGAGUGGCCUGGAGAAGUCCUCACCGACGUGGAAGCGGUCGCAAUCUCGCAGCAGCAGCACUCUGUCAUCCUCCAGACAGAUCAUCAAAGAUUGGGAAGUGAUCGACGACCUUCAGGUAGAAACGCAGGCAGGAUGCGACAAUCCUCCCGAUAUGACCGCCCCGGGCAUCUGUGAAGGAUAUCUCCUCAAGAGAAGGAAGUGGCCGCUGAAAGGUUGGCACAAGCGAUACUUUGUCUUGGAAGUGGGGAACUUGCGUUACUCCAAAAAUCAACAGGAUGUGCCCCGGGGAAGAGUCCAGGGCUCGUUAGACGUCAGCCUCGCGGUCAUGUCCAUCAACAAGAAGUCAAACCGGAUCGACUUGGACGCAGGCGACAUUCUCUAUCACAUGAAGGCGAACAGCCACGAGCACUUCUACAUUUGGGUGACCAAGCUACAAGCCCACCGCCUGUACAAGAAGCAUGAGGCGGCGGCUCAGCUCCACAGCGGCUUCCUCCACACGUCGUCCUACGGCGGCGGGGCCGGACGAGCUCAGAGAAACGGAGACUUGAGCGCUGCAGGCGUGGCGGAUUCAGCUGGAGCGCCGACGGGAGUGCUGCCCUCCGCCAACACCGCUGUGAACAGCAAAGUGUCGGCCUGGCUGAAGCAAAGCCAAGACCCGGACACCUGUGUUCAAGAGCUGAACCGCUGCAAUUUGGACCUUUCUGAGAUAAACCACUUAAUCCAGAGGUUGCAGAUGUUGGAGGCGAGCCAGACUUUGAAUAACGGAGACCUGAAGCGCAUCAUCAGCAUUCAGAAUCUUUCGAAGCCGAAGAAGCAGAGGUCAGGAAAAAUAUGGGGCCACUCUCGCACAUUAUCAAGAGUGGAGGCCCUGGGAAUGAAUUUCACAUCCCAACCCUCCUGUCACAUUUUGGGGCCUUUCUCUAAUCCAAAGCCUAUUCGUGGGAUUACAAAAUCGCUGUCCUCAAGUCACCUGGGCAGCUCGCCUAACCUCGGUGCAUCCACCUCCUCCAUCCCUGACUACGCCUUCUCCCAGCUGUCCCCGAAUGUCACGUCACCCGAGGGCAAGAAAAUCCAGCAGGACAUCUGCGCCAUGUCGCUACGAGUGAUUGCCUCCCUGAAGAACGUGCAUGAAACUCUGUCCCAGGAAAGGCAGAAGCUUCAGCAAGUCUGGGAGACCAACAACAUCCACCAGUCCAACACAUUAGCUGUGCCUGCAGCUGAGAGGCAUCCAUCCCACAGGCCUCCCUCAGUGGCAGAUUCGGCCGCGGAGUAUUUUGAUGCCAGUGAUGACAUCCUAUGUGGAAGUUCUUCUGAGCUGUCGGAUGAGUCGGGACUUAGUGACGGAAGCACCACCAACUCUGAUCCAGUGGAAGGAUAUGCAUCGGCCACCAGGAAGUACCGUGGGAGCAUUUCCAGGACUCCAAACUGCGUUUUUCCCAAGAGCACCGGCCGGCGAACCACGCUGCCUGCUGACUGUCCCGACAACAGCCACGUGGGCCUCAUGGCUAUCCUCUACAACAACAUAGGUAAAGACCUGGCUCGGGUGUCCAUGCCCGCUCCGCUCAAUGAGCCUCUCAACCUGCUGCAGAGGCUGUGUGAGGAGCUGGAGUACAGUGAGCUGCUGGACACCGCCAACCACACGGAUGACCCCUACCAGAGGAUGGUUUACAUUGCUGCCUUCGCCAUCUCUGGUUACGCCACCGCAACUUUCAGGAACCGCUACAAGCCGUUUAACCCGGUGCUGGGCGAGACCUACGAGUGCGACCGAGAGGACCGGGGCUUUCGCCUCCUCAGUGAGCAGGUCUGCCAUCAUCCCCCCAUCUCUGCCUGCCAUGCAGACUCUGAGAACUUCUCCUUUUGGCAAGACCAGAGGUGGAAGAAUAAAUUCUGGGGGAAAUCUCUGGAGAUUCAGCCAACGGGAAUGGUGAACAUCACUCUUCCAAGGUACGGGGAUCACUAUGAGUGGAACAAGGUCGUGACCUGCAUCCACAACGUCCUCAGUCAGCAGCGCUACCUGGAGCAUUACGGCGAGGUCACCAUCCGCAACCUCAAGAGCAACGUCUGCACCUGCAAGAUAACCUUCGUCAAGUCUCGUUACUGGGGCUCGGACACGAACAAGAACGAGGUGCAGGGCACGGUGGUGGACCAAGGCGGCAGCAUCAUCCACCGGUUCGGCGGUCUGUGGCACGAAGGCAUCUUCUGCGACACUCUGCCCACUCCGAAAUGUGUCUGGAAGCCGAAUCCCCAGCCAAAGGACGCCCUGCGGUACUACGGCUUCUCCACCUUCGCCAUGGAGCUGAACGAGCUCACCCCCGACCUGAAGCCUCUGCUGCCGCCGUCAGACAGCCGGCUGCGCCCCGACCAACGGAUGCUGGAGGACGGAGAGGUGGAUGAAGCGGACAGAAAGAAAGACGACAUAGAGGAGUUCCAGAGGGAGGGAAGGAAACAGCUCUCCAAAAGAGGAGAAGAACAUGUUCCACGUUUUUUCAAGAAAGCCAAAGAUUCCUGUGGACGGGACGUGUGGUUGGCUAACCAUACGUACUGGAAGCUCAGAGAGAAUCCAGGUUUUGCUCACACUAAGAAUAUAACUGUGUGGUGACGUGCCGACGGGGACGAGCAAUCCAACCGACAUUUAAGACAGAGGCAUUCAAAUAUACCAGCGCUGGAUAUUAAGACGGCAUAUAUGAACCGCUCUGAGAGACGCUCAGGGUGGAGACGCUCAGGGUGGAGACGGUGCUGCUGGCCUCCUUUCGUUGCGCCCGUGACCGGAUGGCGGUGAACCCUCAGUGCCUGGUCACCCGGCGUCCAGCAGCAGAGGCCAAGAAACGUGGACAGAGCUUCUCAUCAUGAGCAAAUUUAUAACAUAUUUUUUAAAAGAUCUUUUUAUUUUUAGACUUUUUUUUCUCAGAUUUAUGUUCUUAUUUUUGAGAGUUUUCUGCAGGAAAGGCUGCAUGUGUCUCUGCCAGGUUAGUAAGAAGCUGUGUUAGUAUAUUAAGUUUAAAAAAAGAUGUAUUUAAAUCGUGUUCUCCUCUUAUGACGAGUACAGUUUGACUGUGUGAGUGGGCUGGAUUACCAGCAGUGGCCACAAGGGAGCGCCAGCUGUUUAUUUUGGUAAUUUGAUUUAUCGCAAAUGUGUUUGGUAAUAUGCACCAUUAACCACGGUAAACCUACAGAUAAUUAUUACAGAUAAUCAUCACCUGGACCUGCCGCUGCUCUUGACAUGAGGCUGCUUUCUCGUGAGUUUCUGCUCAUUGUUCGACCCUCAACUUCCUCCUCGCGUCUCUGUCAUGGGCAGCAGGCCGCGGGUUUUCAUCAUAAAAGCUCUAAAAAGACGUGUAACAUACAUAUGACAGUCAGUCAAUGAACAUUAAAAAGAGGAGUGUUUUAAUGUCAUUUGUAUAGUGAAAAUAAAAUAAGAACAUCCAGCUGGUUGGAAACACUGAUACAGCACAUUAAACUGUUUCUUUUUUCUGUGAUAUCAACGAAUGUAUUUUGACUGCAUAUAUCCGGUAUAAUUAAUUGUAAGUUGUUUGAAAAUGAUAUUACGGCACACAUUAAUUCUCCCAUAAUAUAACAUUAAAUUGGAUCUGCAGCAUUUUCAGAGGGUGCUUUGAUCAGCUGAUCAAAGGUUCUACAGCUUAAUGAAAUACGAAGGAAAUCAUCAAAACAGACAAGGUUUAUUGUGUGUAAGCUUUAAUUUCAUGAAUAAAAAAACAAUAAAAUACA